AGGCCUGGCAGAACGAACGGAGGCUAAAUGGACAUAGACGGUUGGCAGAGCAUAAAUGACGGUUGGGAGGCCAGGCAGCUUACCGCAGACGAGGGCGAGGGCACGAGCAGUGGGGAGUGGGAAUGUGGCGAUGCCGGGAGGACGGCUGGGGGGACGUGGGGGACUAGCGAGGGAGUGCUUAGGGCGGUGGUGGUUGUGGAGGUGGUGGUUGUGGGAAGAAGGUAUUUGGUUGUUGUGUGGGAGGAGUUGUCGUGAUGUCGUGGAGCCGAAUGUCGUUGCUCGCAAAGGGAUGGUGUAAAUGUACCUCACGGAACAACUGCAUGGGGGAGCGUUUCAGUGCGCCACGGGACCUACAUGAGACAUCGUCUAUUGCUGCGCGAACGGGCAGGUGCGGGUUACGUCAACUGAUAGAACAGUACGCGCGGGAAGGUUACGUCAUUGGAACCACUUGGAACAUUCGAUGGGCCAUUCAGUGGGAACAUUCAUUCAGUGGAACCAACAUCUUCAUGCCCUGGAGGGCGAUAUGGGGACGCUAUUGGGACGAUACACCCCCUGAUACCACGAGCGUUGUCACAGGCCAGUGGCACCAUUCGGGGGUUACGAGGCCCAAUAAUAGCAAUAGAUACAGAAAUGUGUGUCUCGGGCGAGCAAAUGCGUCCCGCUGUAAAUACCGAUACAGAUCGGCCCGGAAGCACACCGGAAACGUCCACACUGGACAAUUAAUUAGCCGUGUUAGGAAGAACAAGCAUGCCCGAGCGUUAGAUAACCUGCCGGGGUCCGUAGAUAGCCAGCACUCGGACUGUUCUCCCCAGACACUUUUGUAGCAAAAUCUGGCACGCAGCAACCU